AAAAAAAGGAUUGUCAAGGAAAGAAGAUUCAAAACGUUUCACUUUCGCUUUUGGCAUCAAACCACCUUCGUUUUCACUAAAUUGUUCCUAUUUUCUUAGACUGAACCUCAGCGACAGCUCAUCUCCACUUCGACUGCAUCAAAACGAACUCCGGUGAAUUUUAAAGAGUUUUCUGGAUGUGCUGCUUCAAUGGAUGUGCCAUCAACAUCCACUGUUUGUGCUGCAGAAAAGACCAACCUCAGGAUUGUUCUUCUGGGGAAAACUGGAGUCGGCAAAAGUUCAGCAGGAAACAUCAUUUUAGGAACAAAAGCUUUUGAGUCUCAUCCUUCUUUUUGCUCCGUGACAUCAGUCUGUGAGAAGAAAAGUGAUGAUUUUCGUGAUUUAAAUCUGGAUGUUAUUGAUACUCCAGGUCUGUUUGGGACUAAAAAAAGCAAUAAAGAGGUUGUGGAAGAGAUCACUAAAUGCAUCAGCAUGGCGGCUCCUGGUCCUCAUGUGUUCCUCAUUGUUCUUCAACCAACCAGAUUUACAGAAGAAGAUAAAGAAACCUUGAAAAUAAUUAAAAAAACAUUUGGAGAAGAAGCAGCCAGAUACACCAUGGUGCUGUUUACCAAUGGAGACGAGCUGAAAAAGAGAAACACUAACAUAGAAGACAUGUUAGAGAAACACAAACCUCUAAAAGACACCAUCAGUCAGUGCUCCAUCCUGGAGAAAUUUGAAGACAAAUAUCAUGUUUUUGACAACAAUGUUGAGGAUUCUGCUGAAGUGAGCAAAUUGCUGCAGAAGAUCCAGAGAAUGGUUCAGCAAAAUGGAGGAAGUUUCUACAGCAAAGAAAUGGUAGAAAGAGCCAAGCAAGAAGAAAUGGAACGACCGUUCAGAGCUGCUGUAGCAGCUGAAAAGGAUCCAGACAUCAGGAUUGUUCUUGUUGGGAAAACUGGAGUUGGUAAAAGUGCAACAGGAAACACCAUUUUAGGAAAGAAAGCUUUUGAGUCUGAACUCUCUCUUUCCUCUGUGACAUCGGAGAGUAAGAAGGAAAUUAAUAGUUUCGAUGGUCAAAAUCUGGCUGUUAUUGAUACUCCAGGUCUGUUUGAAACUGGUAGGAGUAAUAAAGAGAUUGUGGAAGAGAUCGCUAAAGGCAUCAGCAUGGCGGCUCCUGGUCCUCAUGUCUUCCUGAUUGUUCUCCAACCAACCAGAUUCACACCAGAAGAAAAAGAAACAGUGGAAAUAAUUAAGGCAAUGUUUGGAGAAGAAGCUGCCAAACACACCAUGAUCCUGUUUACCCAUGGAGACGAGCUGAAAAAGGGAAACACUAACAUGGAAGAACAGUUAGAAACAUCCCAACCUCUAAAACACAUCAUCAGUCAGUGCUCCAUCCUGGAGAAAUUUCAAGAUAAAUAUCAUGUUUUUGACAACAAUGUUGGGGAUUCUGCUCAAGUUGGUGGACUGGUGCUGAAGAUCAUCAGAAUGGUUCAGCGAAAUGGAGGAAGUUUCUACACCAAUAAAAUGUUUGAAGAGGCAGAAAGAGCCAACCAAGAAGAAAUUAAACGACUCCUCAGAGAAAAUCCAGAUAUGAAUCCUCAAGAUGCAAGAAGACAGGCAGAGAGAAACAACUCAUUUAUCCGUGGCGUCCUGGAGGUUGCUGCUGCAGGAGGUGCUGCUGGGGCUGGUCUCGGAGCUUCAUUUGGAGCUAUCGGGGGACAGUUAGGAGCUGAUAUUGGAGCUGUAGCAGCAGUGAAAAUUAAGGGAGCCUGUGUUAUACAGUGAUAAAUAUUUUUAUGCUUUGGCCACAGCUUAUUAAACCCUGAUUUUUAUGAAU